AUGCAACAUGCCGCUACGCAUGCGUCAACCAUGCUGGAUCCACAACCGUUGACAUCUGCACCUUUCCCGGCCGAUUCGGGUUCAGCCAACCCUCCACGCAGUUCUCAAGACUCGAACCUCUCACCUUCCUCUCGGCCGAUCACGCUGAACAUUUCUACCAGCGAUGUCUCGAGCACAGCUUUGCCAGCGGUCCAUCAGGAGGAGGAUACACCACCUACGUCCGCCAUAUCCAGCCAGCCAGACUCGCAGGCGCCCAGGUCUCCCGGGAUGUCAGAAAAGGAGCACACCACUGUGAGAAGUAAUGAGAAUGGAGCUGCGCAAGUGCAUCGCUCCAACACGAGCUCUCAAAGUCCACCACCGAACAGCGUCUCCGGGGCGAAGAGAACAUCCAGUGGUGAGGUGAAACGGUCCAGCGUGACGGGACUGGGAGAUGUCGUGACCAAAUCCAACGGGAUCAGUCAUGCUCGGACACCAAGCAUGGUCUCGAAUGGGAACGUAUCUGAGCUCUCACAACAACUGCGCACGAAGCUGAAAUAUGCCAUGAUCAAAGUGCAGAAUGGCUGGCAGACACGGUCUCUAGACGAAAUCGAGUCCCUGGCUUCUCAGUCACCACGAUCAACUACCUCGGGAUUCCAAAAUUCUCCUUAUCCACAUAGCUUGUCGUCUCCGAAAACCGUCAUGUCCAGAAAAUACCAGCGCGAAUCGAGCGAAAGCGACUCAUCCGACAGUACAGGAGCCCUUGAACCUCGAGGUCUGCCCAACAUGGGUAGCCCUCAAGUAUCAUCACGUCGGGCCCUUGCACCUCCCGUCGAUAUCGUGCCCAACUCGCGUCGACGGACAACGGUCAAUGGUUCCUAUCACAACGUAAACGGCCCUCAAUUCCAUCCUAGAGGAGUGCAUACUUCGCGACCGCAUGCAAACCAGCGAACGCCCAGUCAGAAUGCUGCCAUGGAAGCGGAUGCCGUUGAGACACUCUUGUUCAUGGCCAGUCCAAGCAAUUCAGGCUACAAUCCGGCAUCGUCCCAAGAAUCGACACUUCGAUCCUCCCAAGUUUUUGCCUCCCAAACAUCUCCACUCCGGACCCAAUUCAGCCAAACUUCAAUGGCGUCACCAAAGAAAGUUGCCUUUUCUGACAGACGGCCACCGUUCGACAAAGCCACCAUUAUUGAUCAGAUGCUGAACGAACUGUCGGACGGCAGCGACGAGGAGUUAGAACAAGCAUUCAGACUUGCGGGCGCGGGCAAGAGCACGGCGACAGCACCAGUGUCGACCUAA